AUGCCCGGCCACAUCGCGCGCGAGUGCACCAACCUCGCCGUCUGCAACAACUGCGGUGCUCCAGGCCACAUCGCGUCGGCGUGCACGUCGGAGGUGGUGUGUCGCAACUGCAAGCAGCCGGGGCACAUCGCAGCGGAUUGCACCAACGAGGCCGUGUGCCGCAACUGCGGCAAGCCCGGCCAUAUCGCCGUCGGCUGCACUGUCGGCGCCGUCCCCAAGUCGCAGUUGUGCAGCAACUGCUUCAAGCCGGGGCACUCGUCAGCGGAGUGCGGCAACGACAUGGCGUGUAACAACUGCCGCCAGACGGGGCACAAGGCUCGCGAGUGCCCCAACGCGCCCGUCUGCAACGUCUGCGGCGUCGCGGGCCACUUCGCCCGCAACUGCCCCUCCGGCGGCGGCGGCGGCGGCGGUGGCGGCGGCGGGUUUGGUGGCGGCGGCGGGUUUGGCGGCGGGGGUUAUGGUGGCGGGGGCGGGGGAGGGGCCACCUGCCACGCGUGCGGACUUCCAGGGCAUAUUGCGCGUAACUGCCCCAACGCUGGUGGUGUGGUGGCGUACCGCGGAGGAGGCGGCAGGGGUGGCGAUUUGUGCCACUCGUGCCAGCAGCCGGGGCACUUCGCAAGGGAGUGUCCGUCGUUCCGCGGAGGAGGCGGUGGGGGAGGCGAGCUGUGCCACUCGUGUCGUCAGCCGGGGCACUUUGCAAGGGAGUGUCCGGUAGGGGUGGUCUGCCACGUGUGCGGCGGCAGGGGUCACAUGGCGGCGGCCUGCCCGUCUGAUCCCCGCGCCAUGCGCGGUGGUGGUGGCCGCCGUUAA